UCUUUUAAAUCUAACUCCCUUUAAAAACAUCUUUAUGUUCAUGUUCUUUCUAAAGUGUAAUUGAUAACAGACUAUAAUAAGAGCCUGAGGUGUGAAGGGAGGACCAGGAGGACCAGGAGGACCUGUUCUCAGAGCCAAUCAGGAGCCUUCCUCUCCCUGAGCGGACCAAUCAGAGCGCUCUGUUAGGAGACGGACUCAGCAGCGGCAGUUCACCUGCUCAGUGAUCAGGGACAGGAGGACUAGAGGAGAACCCUGAUCCGUUCUUUGGUGCUAAACUUAGUCCAGCACAGACUUUAACCCAUGGAAAGCCACAGAGGAUCCCCGUCCUCGCACCAAGGUGGAGGCUGACCCCCCAAACUUUCCUCCAACUGCUCCCCGGUCCCGUCAUGGCUCGGACCGGGUCCGGGACCCUCCUGUACCGCCGGAACAUCAAGCUGGACUCGUUCCUGAAGAGGAACACGGAGCGGGCGGUCUACGAGAGGAUCCGGGCCUACGAGCCGUGUGUGGUGGUCUCAGCAAGUGGUUCCAUCAACAAGGUCUACAUGCACGUGGUGCUGAGUGAUGAGCGCGUGUACCUGACAGAGUACCCUCCGCGCGCGCUCACCUCAGCCUGCAGCUUCAGGCGCGUGCGCGACAUCGAGCUGAUAAACGACCUCCCAGAGUUCCUCAGUGGUAAGGACAGAGAGUUCUGUCAGCACAUCCGCAUCACCUACCUCACCGAGAAGCCCGCUGCGAAGAGCCGUGAUUGGCUGAGGAGACUUCCUCCUGCAGUUUCACCGUCUCGCAGAAACAGCCACUGCCCGACAAUAAAGCACACCUUCGAAGGUAAAGAAUAUCCUGCACACAGGAACCAGAAUGAAAAUGAGACGGAGGAAGUCCUCAUGUUACCGCCCACACGUUCUGCCUCCUGGCCCAACCAGGAGUCUCUGGGCCUCCUGAAGGUCCCACACCCUCCCACACAGCCUCCCUCCAAAUCCCCCUCCCUUUACUCCCGCUCCAGCUCUUCAUCUCCGUCCCCCUCGGAUCAAAGACUGAACAUCACUGAGACUGGACAGGUGCAGAGGAGGAUCGGGUCAGUCCUGUCUCGCCUUCUGAGAAGAGACGAGGGGAACAACAAAGAGGGGAUGGAGGCCGAGCUGCACCUUUACGCCGUGUCGCAGACUUCAAGACUUUACCUCCAUCUCCAGAGCUCGUGGUUCAGCUUCAUAAUUAGGUCCACUUUGUUGUUAGACCCGCUCUACAGAAGGAGGUGCAGCAUUUCAUCUUGCUACCCUCCCGACAAGAGGCUUCCUUCCAUCAGCUUGGAGCGGACGGCUCACCUGUUCGGUCAGCUGAGUGCCGAGCUCCUGCAGGAGGAGAUCGGCGUGGAGAGCCUGUACCUGCUGCUGCAGGAGCUGAGGACGGCCGCGCACCGGAACGUCACCCUGCGCAGACUCUUCUGGAGGUCCAGUGAGGUGUGUGCCUUCCUGGUUCAGACUCUGGAGGAAUCUCUCCACGGCUGUCAGAGCCUCAGUGGAGUCUACACGGCAGAUCAGCUUCUGCUGAGCACUCUGAUCGUCCAGACCCUUGCCGUCAUGUUCAGAGAGACGGAGGUUGAACCGGCCCGACACAUCCUGCUCUCUGCCAAAAAAGGCGCCCUGGCCUCCAGGAUGCUGAAUGCCUUGAUAUGUGAUCCAGAACUGCAAUCAGAGAACCCAGGGUCUCUGGCUGACUUAGAGCUUCAGGCCUUACUAGCUGAUUACCUGGAUGCUGCCUGCUCUCUGCUCUUUGAGAUGCUGCUUUUGGGCCAAGAGGCGAGCAGAUGUUCCCCUGCUGACAACUCUCUGUACGUCGGUUGGAUCCUCAGAGUCAUGCAGCCUCACCCUCACUUGUUGGACUUUAUCAGCUACCAGGCUCAGCAUGUGGUGCUGGUUCUAUCAGACCUGCAGGAGUCCUUCCUGAGUCCUGCUCAGUCUGUUCUGCUGUUCCAGCGCUGUCGCCUCCUGCUGGCCUGCCUGCAGUACAACAGCCAGCUGGCACAGCACCUCCGCUCAAAUUUCAGAGAGGAGUUCAGGUUCUCUGUGAAGAUGUCGUACGCGAAGGAGAAGCUUCCACCUCACUACCCCAUCAGCCAACCAACGCUGCGCUUGAUCGAGCAGAUCCUGACUCUGCACAGACUCUCUCACUCAAACACUAGUGCACUUACGUUUGAAUAAGGACUGUGACUGUGGAGGCCUUUAAUAAAUGCUGUGUUUUUAUGAGUUUUGCUUCAGAGAAGCAGUCCCAGCAGGAAGAGUAGCACUACUUUAUGCAUAUAAAAUGUACUUAUAGCACAGAGACAAUAAACUGUUGGACAAAGUAACCAAAGCACUAAUCCUCUUUAGAUUUCAAGUGUUUGCUUUCCCAGUUGUGCUCUUAUUGAAUUCAAACAUAAAGAAAGGAACUCCUCGUGUAACUUAAACUUGUUUUCAAGUCUGAUUGAACAUUUCUCUCCUGUGCCGUGUUUUUCUUUUGGAGCUGAAAGAGAUAAAACAUACGGAGUCUACAGACAUGCAAGCAGCUCUGUGAGACUGCACUUACAACACACAGAGCUAAUAGAGCUAACAUAACCACAAUGACAACAUGCUUUUUUAUUGCUUUUUUUUUUUUUUUUUGAGGGGCAGGUCUUCUUAGGUUUGUUAGACAGGCCAGGAAAUGUGCUGAGAGCUUGGGAAGACGUGCAGAGAAGGGUUGAGGACUAUAGCCUCGAUACAUGGGGCGCACCCUUUAACUGCUGAGAUGAACUGGUGUCCCGUUUUUGAUUAAUUCUGGCCUGAUGUUUCAGUUUGUAAGAUCUUAGCGGUUUACCAGAAUGAGGGUAUUGUUUACUAACCAAGAAGGAACUCUCGGAGCACACACCUCCACCUCCAAGACCAUUUUUGUGAGUUUAAUCCAAAUAUCAUCCAAAAUCUAAAAGAUCUACAUUUUAUAGAGCCAAUUCCACAGUUCCAUGUUGAUGGAAAUGUCUUGAUUUCAAUCUAAGAUACACAGCGUCAGCGUCAGAUUAGUCGGACUCAGCUGAUUGGCACAAAGACAGAUUUCUCUCCCAGUCUUACUUAUCAGGAUGGUAGUAAUAGCACAUCAGUAGAUCUGUUGCACUGUAUUUCUGCAAGUUAUUAAUAUGCUGAUAGGCCUGUUUGGUUAACAAUCUAAUAGCGGUUAUGAAUGCAGUGUAUUCACUUAGUCUGUAAUGUUAUCCUCCGUUACGAUUAAAGCUGUUUAAAAGUUUUUUUUAGUGUUAAAUGGUUGAAAUAAGGUUAUAAACACCUGUCAGGACUUUACAUAUUCAGUAAACAGAUAUAUUCAAAUCUAGACUUGAGACUGAAUUCCUCAACCUGAUUCCGCCCCAAUAACAUUUCUUUCUGCUGACUUGCUGUAUGAAUUGUACGUCAGUGCUCCUAAAUGUGUCUAUGCUGUUUGUCAUGUUGUUUAUCUGAUGCUUAGAUAUCUGUAAAUGUGCCUCAGGUGAUGUUUCUAAAUAAAGUUGAAAAGCUA